AUGGCGAAUUCAAUGUCAGACCCGUUAAAAUUAGUGAAACUGGAGAGAGAUAGUAUCAGUAACUUACCAGACUCUUUGCUUCACCAUAUCCUCACGUUUCUUCAAACUAGAGAAGCCGUUGCCACAAGCCUCUUGUCCAAGAGAUGGAGACCACUUUGGCUUUCAAUGCCCACUUUUGAUUUUGAUUGUAGAAACUUUCAUAGUCUUGACUCGUUCACUCAGUUUGUAGACGCAGUCUUGUCAAUGACUGAUUCGAAGACUACUAUAGAAAAGUUCAGGCUCAGAUGUGAGAGCUGCUAUCAAUGGGUUAGAGAAGGAGUCAAGUACUAUAACAUGCUUCCCAAUACUAAGAUUAAUAUUUGGAUUAACACAGCGCUAAAUCGCAGAGUUGAUCAUCUUGAACUACGUUUUAGCAGUUGGGAUAAGUUCAUUGACUUGCCCCCAAGAACUUUUAAUUGCAGUACCAUUAGGGUUUUAAAGUUGCAUGGGGUUAAAGUGGAUAAUCCUUAUUCUAUCAAUUUGCCUUUGCUUAAAGUCAUGCAUAUGUUGGAAGUUGAAAUUUCAAAUUUUGAAUUCUUGACAAAUCUCCUUUCAAGUUGUGCUCUUCUUGAAGAAUUGGUAUUAGAUUUUUUUAUAAAUGACGAGGACGAUGUUGAUGUUGAUGAUGAUGUGCCGUUAUUAAAUGUUGACAAGCUUGAACAUCUGGUUUCGGCAAAUAUUCCUUCCCAUCUGUUUACGUGGAAGGCAUUUACUAAUGUGACCUUUCUUUCAUUAAUGACGUAUACAGCGUCUGGCAAUGAUUAUUUUCCAAGAUUUGACCAUUUAACCCACUUGGAAUUUGAAUGUCUUUAUGAUGAAGACUUGAAUUGGAUAGUGGAAGUCCUACCUAACUGCCCCAAACUUGAAAUUCUUGAUAUUGAUGAGAUUGAAGUUAAUCCCAAAAGGCUUGGAAGGAUAAUGGAACCAAUAGUGAAGGUUCCUCAAUGUAUUUCAUCACAGCUAAAGGAAUUCAUUCUUGGUGCAUACGAUGGCUCUGAAUGUGAGUUUGAAUUUGUAAGAUUUAUUAUGAAGAAUGCAAGAGUUUUGAGAACAAUCUCAAUUUUCAGUUGCAGUUCUGAAGAUAAGAAGUAUGAUCAAAUGCUCAAAAGAUUAUCCUCGUGCCCUAGAGGUUCUGAGAAUUGCAGACUUUUGUUUGAUGAAGUCUCCUUAGAUGCAAGUGUUUGA